AUGCGUCUUCCAACCAUCAGCGUUAUUUCGCUCUUCUCCCUCCUCCCCUCCAUCCUCGCGACCCACCUUGUCUUCACAAUCCCAACAGCACCCCAACUGAACCCCUCUACUCUCCCACCCUCCACUCACGCAAUCCUCAGCACCAUCUCCCACACACAUACCGCGCCUCUCACAACAUCCAACUCCUUCUCCUUCCGCAACCUAACAAGCGGUUCAUAUCUCCUCACAAUUUCUUCUCCAGCCCACGGUUUCAUCCCUCUUCGAAUUGAUAUCCAUCCUGCGUCCUCAGAGCCAAAUCACAUUCCCAUCGAAGCUUUUACCACUUUUCGCGCAAACGAAUGGAGUAAUAAGGGAGAAAUUAUCCCUGUUUCUAAACUUGGAAAUGAUAAAUAUACUGCGGAAGUGAAGGCGCAUGUUGAGAAGAUUUAUUACUUGGAGCGAGUGGGAUUCUCGCCUUUGAGUUUAUUGAAAAAUCCUAUGAUUUUGAUUGCUGGGUUUAGUAUGCUUAUUGUGUUUGGAAUGCCUUAUCUUAUGGAUAAUAUGGAUCCAGAACUCAAAGCUGAAUUUGAGGAGCGCCAGAAGAGUGGUGGACUUACAGGUGGUGCUAAUGGCGCAAACCCAUUGCAAAAUUUUGAUGCGGCGGCUUGGUUGGCUGGAUCUGGGGGAAAGAAGAACGAGGGAAGUGCUCCAAGUGGUGGAAGAGAAGUUAUUAGAUGA